AUGGACGUUGACACUAAGCCUUCGGAGCAGCUGCCAGCUCUCAAGGUGGAUGCUCCUCCAGCAAACGUAAAAGCUAGCGAAGAGCUGGAACCACCCAAAUCCACUUCUGCGGGAUCUGCCACUCCUCAGAAAGCAAACGGCGAGAGUAUGUCCAGGCCUCGCUCGCCUCUCCUGCAGCAGCGUGGCCUUACCAAAACACCGACGACACCAAUGUCACCACAGAGCCGCUCGCCUAUGGCGCCUUUACCUCCAAAGCCCGAAUGGAGUUCAACCCCACAGUCAACGCCUACAGUUCCCUCCGCGCCGCCGCCUGUUGCAGAACCCGCGGAGGACAACCUCGCAGCCAUCAAAAAAGAGCUGAAAGACAGAUACCGUAUGGACUUUGAAAACCCGGAGCCUUUGCCAUGGGCAAACGACGAGUACGACCGACUUAAGAACCACCAACGGCGUCUGGAGCUAGACUACUACACUGCGGCACGCACAACGAUGCAGGCUCUGUAUGAGCUUGACAUAGCUAAGAUCGAGCUCGCGUCGUCUACUGCCAGGAGAGAGUUGGCCGUCAAGCAGCUCAACCUUGCCCUGGACGGUAAGGCGGGGAUUGACUGGCCGUACGAUUAUGACGCUCUGGGAAACUCUGAGUGA